AUGGAUCUUCCACCAAGUAACAACUACAACGCUAUCCUAGUUAUUGUGGACAAACUAACUAAGUAUGGACAUUUCAUCCCAUGUACUACUCAGAUAGAUGAAGUACAAACAGCGCAACUGUUCCAUGAUCACAUAUGGUGUCACUAUGGUUUACCUCGGCAAGUAAUCACUGAUAGAGAUGCUAGAUGGACAGGAGCCUUUUGGGGUCACUUAGUUAGUAUGUUAGGAAUUUGGCAAGCACUCACCACUGCACAUCAUCCUCAGAGUGAUGGACAAACAGAGAUACUUAAUCAAACUACAGAAGUGGCUAUUAGAGUAUUCACUAACCCAGCUAAGGACAAUUGGAGUAAGCUUCUAUCAGGAUUUGCGCACUCAUACAAUACAAGUGUGCAUACAUCCACACAACAGACACCAGCCUUCCUACUCCGCGGAUUCCAGCCUCUAACAUCAGCCGACUUACUGGCUCUCACUUCUGAGAACAUUCCAAGACCAGCCCAAGAAAGUCAAACAGCUGAAGAAUUCAAGGAAUCCAUGGAAUUAGCACGAUCAUUAGCUAAGGACGCUCUCAAAGUAGCUCAGAAUUAUCAACAGAAAUACUAUAAUUCUGACAAGACACAUGUUACCUUUGAGCCAGGAGAUUUAGUCUUAAUCAAUCCCCAUUCCUUAAACUUACUCAAACAUCAGUCAGGGAAAGGGAAUAAGCUAAAUAUGCGUUAUGAAGGACCAUUUGAAGUCAUGGAAAGCAUAUCACCACACACUUGGAAUCUUACAAGGCAUCACCCCCAGAGUUUGGAAGCCGACCCACUCAGAAUACCUAGAGAGGACUUCCAACAAAUACCUGAAUAUGAGGUGGAAAAGAUAGUAGAAGAAAGAACAAUCAAGAAAGGCAACAAGAGGAUUAGGCAGUACAAAAUCCGUUGGCUUGGGUACAGCUCAGAACAUGAUAGAUGGAGGACAGAAAAAGAAUUAAGGAAUGCUCCAGAAGUAAUCAAAGAAUGGAAGCGAACCUCUGGCUCCACUAUCCAUCCCAAUCACAAGAAGAAGAAGGAGUUCUAA